AUGGUGUGUGCAUGUGCUUCUCUAGUGUCAUACCACGUGACCGUACCUGAGGAGCAAGUGGUGGCGGUCCGGGGCAGUUCAGUGGUUCUGGGCUGCGAGUUCACCCCUGACCCUGAGGCUGCCCCUAACUUCCCCGACCUGGUGGUCAACUGGCAACGGGUGGAAGACUCCCAAGUGGUCCACAGCUUCUAUUAUGGGCAGGACCAGCUGGAGCGUCAGGGUAGAGCUUACUGGAACCGCACGGCUCUGUUUAUUUCAGAGCUCGGAAGGGGCAACGCGUCGCUCCAGAUUGGGCCCGUGGACCCGGGGGAUGUGGGACGCUAUUUCUGCGUUGUCAGCACAAAGGAUGGAACAGAUCGGGCGGAGCUCCAGCUGAAUUACGCAGCUUUCUACACGGAGCCCCAGUUGAGCAUCGACGUCAACUCCUCCAGCAUCACGGUUCGCUACAAGGCAGAAGGCUUCCCCAAGCCAGAGGUACGCUGGUUGGGUGCGCAAGGGGAGGACCUCCAGCACCAUGAGGAGCUCUCCUCUAGGGAGGCGGGGCUUUACCACUUGACGAGCAGCUACAUGGCUGAAACCCACUCCCUCAAUGUCACCUUUAUGCUAAAGAACCAACUUCUGAAACAGGUCCUGAAGAGGCCCGUGAACGUCAGUUAUACUGGUGAGAAUGGUUGGCUGUUUGCCUCAGAUCAAAAUUCACUGCUGGAUGUCUCAGAGAAGGAAGUAAGGUUUCUCAUUGUUCACAAGGUUUCUUAGUCCAACUGCUACUCCUAGCAUUGCCUUUCUCGUUAAGAGCUCAUUAAGAUCAUUAAAGUCUUAGAUCUUAGAUUAGUUUGUUUUUGAUGUAGCAGGCUGUGAUAGGAAUUAAAAUAGAACUAUACAUAGACUAUAAAAUACGUAUCAAUUACAACAACGAUUGUUCAGGACCCCAGACAUUGCAGUGUAGAAUCUCAGAGGAAAGAAUCAGUGCUUUGAUUCAUCUCAGUCACUCUGGUGGAAUUAUAUAACUCAAAGCACACUACAACAUUACCACCCUACAUUCUUUUGGCGUGUUUGUGUUGGCAGG